UGUAAACUCUGAUUUCCGAGGGUCCGUUUAUGUCAUCACCCAACCUCCCAGUGCGUCUUCUUCUUUCCUCUCUCCCCAUUUUUCUUUGUUUUAUCUUUUCUAUCAUUUCUUCUCAAUUCUUCAUGAAAUGGGUGUUCUAGAAUUGAGAUACCUAGCCACUACCAGAGGCCGUAGCAGUAAGUUGCAGGCGAUGGGAUGGCCUCCCACUUUCUCUAUUCUCCACACUUUUCCACUUGUGCUUGUAGACUGUGUGGUGUGGUGUGACCUUGUGAGACACCCCAAUUGGACUAUAGACCAUCAUAAGACCUUAAAACCAUGGAGCAUGUUUCUUGCUUUUCAGGUUUUUCCGCUCUACUUCAUCUUAGGAUGAUCCCUAAUUUGAUAUAGAUUGAUUGAUUAAUGGAGCUCAUUCUUUUUUUAUUUGCAUAAUGAACUAGGUUCCUCUGUCAUUUUGGAACCUAAACAUAAAGAUUGGCACGGGUGUAUAGUUAGGUUCCCCUUUGGAUUGAAUCAGUCAAUUUACAGGGAGUAUUAAAAUUUUUUUUUAAGUUUGGAGAGUUUUAGUAAUAUUCCCACCGACAAAGCACUUAAAAUAGAUUUCUAUUACUGCCAGUGCGGUUUCCGCCUGUGAAUUCAACUCCUUGGUUCAGAGUAGCAGGAAACAGAAGAGGCAUUUUUUCCAUUAAUCAUCUAUCUUCUUCGAUCAUUGCAAUCCAGUUCGCACACAAGUAGAGCUCUUUAACAGAUUCGAAAUCGCAUCUUUCUAUCUGCAACUGCAAUCUUCAUGGAGCCAUUGGUUGCUCGAUCUUCAAGUUAUGACGUUUUCAUCAGCUUCAGAGGGGAAGACACCCGCAAUACCUUUGUUGGCCACCUUUACAGAGCUCUAAAGGAUCGUGGAAUCCAUGCUUUCGUUGACAGCAAAGAUCUAUGGAAAGGAGAAGAUAUUGAACCCGUACUUCUCAGAGCAAUAAAAGGCUCGAAGCUCUCAAUUGCUGUCUUCAGUGAAAGAUACGCAGAAAGCAAUUGGUGCCUCAGGGAGCUUUCUCAGAUGCUAGAAUGUCAUAGAACCAACGGUCAAAUCAUUUUUCCCGUCUUCUUCAACAUCAAGCCAUCUGACGUUAAGAAUCAAAUUGGGUGUUUUGAGAUUUCACCUCAGAGACAUGGCAAGGAGGCGCCCCAAACUCUACAGAGAUGGAAGGACACUUUGCGAGCUAUAGGAGAUAAAAGUGGAUGGGUUUUUGACAACGGGGAUCAAUCAGAGUUGGUCAGCUUAGUUGUUCAAAGAGUUUGGAUCCGAUUGAAUAUGGUCCCCCCGAUUGGUGUUAAACACCCUGUUGCAUUAGAAUCCCGCAAAGAUUCUGUAUUAUCUCUACUAUCAAAAACCAAUUCUUCUGAUGUUCAUUUUUUGGGGAUAUGUGGUAUGGGAGGCCUUGGGAAGACAACGAUUGCGACAGCCGUUUACAACUGCAUCUUUGAAUACUUUAGUAAAAGUUGUUUUCUUGAAAACAUUAGAGAGCAAGCAUCACAACCCAAUGGUUUAGUUUGUUUGCAAGAGAAACUUCUUUACAGUAUCUUUCGAGAGAAAACAGAAAUAUGCAGUUCUAGAGAAGGAUCAAGAUUGAUUAAAGAAAGACUUCACAAAAUAGAUACUCUUCUCAUUCUUGAUGAUGUCGAGAAUCGUAACCAAUUAGAUGCAUUGGCCGGUGAUCUCAAUUGGUUUGGUCAUGGAAGUAAAAUAAUCAUAACAACUAGAGAUCGGAAUGUUCUUAGUGGAGUUGCUGAAAGUAAUAGAAAACUAUACGAGCCCGAAGAAUUGAAUAAGGAAGAAAGUCUUCGACUCUUCAGUUCAUAUGCUUUUUCUACAGACCAACCUCCUGAUGAUUAUAUGCAGCUUUCAGUUGAUAUAGUAGACACUACAGGUGGGUUGCCCUUAGCCUUGGAGGUUUUGGGUUCUGAGUUAUCUAUGAAAAAAGAUAAAGAAGUAUGGAAAAGCAUGCAUCGUAUAUUGAAACAAAUUCCUCACAAUGAUGUUUAUGGAAAGUUAAAAAUAAGUUAUGAUAAUUUGCAAGAUGAUAUUGAGAAAGCCAUGUUUCUCGAUGCUGCCUGUUUUUUCAUAGGGUGGGAGAAAGAAACCGUAAUUUCCAUAUGGGAAGCCUGUGGCUUUGAAGCGAGAUACCGCAUACAAGUUCUGGAAAGAAAAUCCCUCUUAAAAAUUACUGGGUCAAAUGAGUUAUGGAUCCAUGAUCAAAUUCGUGACAUGGGAAUGCGAAUCGCCUACAAUCGAAGGCCUAUGGAACCUGAUAAAUAUACUAGGUUAUGGUCUCGUAACGUGAUCAUGAAGGUAUUAAAUGGUUGUAAGGGGAAUGAAAUGGUUGAAGGUCUCCUCCUUAACUUCAGAUCAAAUGACAAUACUUGUUUAAAUACUAGAGUCUUUGAGAAGAUGCCCAAACUAAGAUUGUUACAAGUUGAUGGAGCAACCUUGGAGGGGAGCUUUCAGUGUCUUCCUUCUGGGUUAAGAUGGCUGAGGUGGAGUUAUUGUCCUUUGAAAAAACUACCUGCCAACUUUUAUCAUGACGAAUUAGUUAUGCUCGACUUAACAUUUGGCAAGUUUAGACAAACUUGGAAUAACUGGUUUGAAACUAAGGUGUUUCAACAAUUGAAAGUUCUUAAACUUAGUUAUUGUUUGAAUAUGUCUGAGUCUCCCAACUUCUCAAAAUUUCCUUGCUUAGAGAGGUUGUAUCUUGAUAAUUGCACAAAAUUGGUUAAUUUACAUAAAUCCAUUGGGCAGCUGCACCAUCUUAUUUACUUGAACUUGGAAGGUUGCUAUUCUCUUAAGAAACUCCCAAACAGUAUAUGUAGGUUGAGUUCUCUCCAGAAGCUUAUUCUCACUAAUUGUAUCUCACUCAAAGAGCUGCCUAGGUCCAUUGGUGAUCUAAAAGAAUCUCUGGUGGAGCUUUCUUUGGACUACUCAAAUAUUGGGCUGUAUCCUAGUGUUGGAUUGUUUAAUAAGCUGGAGGUAUUUGAUCUUCCACACUUCCCUGCUCAAGUAUUGGAUCUGCCAUGGUUACUGGAGAAUAUGAAGUCUUUGAGUUACAUUGACUUUAGUAGAUUUUCCAAUAAGGUGCUUCAACAUUGCAUACCAAAGAUACCCUCUAGUUUUGAACUUCGUGAUUUUUGGGAAGGGAAUCUUUGCCAAUCAAUAUUGGUACACAUGCAAAACAACAUGAAAAUGUUGGAGUUGUUGUGCCUUGAAAAUUUUCGUGUAAAGUCAGAGCAGUUUAGAGGCUUUGUGGAGAAAAGUAGCAGUGAAUUCAGAGAACUGUGUAAAGUGCAUCCAAGCCGCAUGGUAAAAAUUCAUUCAUGGCUGAGUGGGCUGACGCAUAGCCAGGGAAUAUAUCUGCCAGGUAACUGUGAAGUUUGGAGACAAAGCUGUGAAUACCUGAUUCAUGGUAAUAAGAACCGUAGCACGUUACUUAUACAAGUUACUUAUCCAAUACUUCGCCGCCGACUAGAAGAGGAUGUAAACAUUCUAACGGAGAAUGUACUACCAGUAGGCCGAGGUCAUCAUGAUCCUACUGCUGAUGAUGAAUAUGGCCAUGAAUGUGAGAUCAGAUGCACUGUGACAGAGCUAAGCCUCUUCGUAAUAAAAGAUCAGGGGCCUAAAUUGGAGACAUUUCACAAUCAAUCCAUUACUGCUGCUCCUGAGCAAGAAGAGGAGAAUACUAAUAAAAUGGGAGGACACAGAGAGAAAGUAGAGAGGGUUGAUCAUAUAUAAGAGUAUAUAUAAUAAACAUCCUCUUGACAAUGAUGAUGAUCAGGCAGGUCCUUCUUCCUCUGUUGCUCAACAAGUUGAUACUGUGACACUGAAGUGAUUAGGGACUUGCUUUUCUGAAUCCAACUGUACACGAAGAGGAUGACACAGCAAAAUCCUCGUGGCGCAUGUGACUGCAUUGGUCAUUUUGAACAUCAGAAUGUUGAGAGGAUAUAAAGAGUAUUGAAGAGAUGUUGGAAGGAUAAUAAUGUAUGGGGCAACGACUGUAGCUUCUUGAACAUAUCAGUUCCAUCGUGCACUCAUUCAGAAAACAUUUGUCCCUUCAAGUUCAUAGUCCAAGCAAAAAGACAGAUAUGAAUGGAAGAGAAACUCAGCAGCUAUUUAUGUCUCUGCUAAAAUAUUGGAUAUGUUGAAGAGUGUCUUCAGAUGUGAGGCAGGAACCAGGUUCAUUCAUUCUACUCUUAAGAAUACAAGCAUCAGGAUUUCUAAUUUGAUUGGUCCAACACAAAAGAUCGCACUUUCAGACCAUCCCAUUAAUGGCAUGUACUUCAGUGUGGUUGGUGCUCCACAGGUAGUUUGAAACCCAACUCUCUCUUACUAUUGUUUUGUUAAUACAUGCUUCCAAAGCUAAUGUUUUCCUAACAUCUGAAGAGCUUUGAAUUCGUGUGAUGUGAACUAUCAAUUUGUUUAAUCAGAUUACUGUUAAACUGUUUCAACCAUUGAUCAGAGAGCAAUUAAUCUGGUCCUAAGUUAGGAUUACUCAACUGAUCAAUGGACAGUGUUGUGAACAAUCAGAUUAUGCUUGAAAAUGUGGGCCCUCAUACACCCUCUUGAUGCUUUUCCCUUUGCCAUGAAUAUGGCAUGCAAGAGUGUCCAUGCUUAAUGCAUUACGAGAAUCUGAACCCCUCAGAACCUCAGGUACUAUCAAAAUUUAUCAAAUUCUGGCCCAUCCUUUAAUUUGCAUAAAAUUUAGAUUCUUGUAAUUGUUUUUGAUUUAGCUAGUAAGAUCCACUGCCUUCUUUUCUAUGGGGUUAUCAAUUUUUAAAGCAGUCAAACUCAUAUUUUUUUUUUCUGUCCCUAAAUGAUGUUGGGUUGCAGAGUGUAUUAUUUACAAUAGUGAGUUACAUGGGUGAGCUAAGGCUAGUGAUGAGUACAGAAAAAAAGAUUUAUUGAUGUGGAUAUGCUCAUUUCUUGCAUCAAGGAUGCCUAUGAAAAGUUUUUUGAAGCAGCUUGUGGAAAAGAAACUAUUGUCUAAUCAUCAAUUUCUCAAAUCAUUAGGUGCAAUCUGAGUGCAAAAUGGAUUUACGAGAGUGAAAGGAGAGUGCAUGUUAAAUAUACUCAUUCAUUUAA